CGGCGCCGCAAGCACGCCGCGCCGAGCGUCUUGUCGUCUGACCAUACAUAAGGCGUGGUGCGGGGCACGACACCCCGCAGCCAACAUGACCCGCGCCCCGCACACCCCCGACUCGGAGAAGGAACGGAGCCUGUCGCUCGAGGGCCAGGUCGACGACCUCGCCGGCAAACCGCGCUGGUAUCGCUUCGGUGUCAACUCCUGGAGCCAGAUCACGCUUGUGAGCAUCAUCUGCUUCUUCCUACCGGGCAUGUACAAUGCCAUUGCGGGACUGGGUGGCUCGGGCCAGCUCGACCCCACGAUCGGUGCCAACGCCUCGGUAGCCCUCCUGUCCGUUGGCGCCGCCACCGGCUUGCUGGUUGGUCAGCCCAUGUUCGACAUCUUCGGCGUUCGCUGCAUCAUCAUCGGUGGCUGGACAUAUGCGCUCUACACCGGCUCCCUCCUCAACUACAACCACCGUGGCAAUGGCGCUUUCGUUAUCGGAGCUGGUGCUGUGCUGGGUUGGGGCGCCACCUGUUUGUGGGUCACACAAGGCGCCAUCAUGCUCUCGUACCCUCUUCCGCACCAGAAGGGCCGCAGCAUCGCCUGGUUCUGGAUGAUCUUCAACCUUGGCGGUGCAAUCGGCUCGUUCAUCUCACUCGGCAUCAACUACAACCGCAUCAAGGCCGGCACGGUCUCCGACUCGACGUAUGUCGCCUUCAUGGUGCUCAUGCUCUUCGGAUGGGGGUUGUGCUUUUUCCUUGUCCCGCCACACCUCGUCCGCCGUACGGACGGCUCUCGCGCAGCCCCUCCCAAGGUUGCUUCGGAGGGCAAGUGGUACGACAACUUCACCCAGAAGGCCAAGGACGAGAUUAUCCACAUUAUUCAGCUGAAGGACGAACCGCGCAUCCUCUUCCUCAUUCCCAUGUGCUUUGCCGCCAACUGGUUCUAUUCGUACCAGCAGAACAUCGUCAACGGCGGCUCGUUCACGCUGCGCGCGCGCUCGCUCAACUCUGCUCUUUACUGGGCGGCCCAGAUGUUUGGCGGAAUGGCGAUCGGCCUUAUUCUCGACAUGCCGUGGUUCAGCCGCCCUAAGCGCGCGCUCUGCGGAUGGGCCUUCGUCUUCGUAACCGGCAACGUGAUUAUGGGUGGCGGUCUCGCCUACCAGAAGUGGUUCGAUGCGCAGGGCAAGAAGAACUUUAUCGACUUCUCCGACUCGAAACUUUACGUCGGCCCUUGCUGGCUCUACAUCUGGUACGGUGCGCUCGACGCGUUCUGGCAGGGCUUCGCCUACUGGAUGCUCGGCGCGCUCUGCAACACGCCCAAAGAGGCGGCGCGCUUCGUCGGCGUCUACAAGUCGAUGCAGUGCGUUGGUGGCGCCGUCGCGUUCCGCCUCACUGCCAACCACCUGAGCUCGAUGAAGCAGUUCAUUUCGAACUGGGCAAUUGUCGCCGGCGCCCUUAUUUUCGCCCUUCCCGCCGUUCUCCGCGUCACGGAGCCCACAGAGACUGAGGCUAAGGGCCUCUUCGUUUCGGAGGAGGACGACCGUCCAGGCGCGCAGAACAAGAAGGCCGCCGAGGCCCGCCGCGUAAGCUCUGUCGCGUAGGGGGUUAGGAGGGGUAGGACAGGGCGAAGUGAAAGUGUUAUCGAAUAGCUCUCGAUAUUGAAAGUAGUUUUUGUCCGCGAAAUAGCGUGCAUGUAAUUCUUGACCGG